AUGGCACGUUAUACUUGUAUAUUCUUUGUCCUUUUCUUCUUUAUUUCAACUCUCUUCUUUUUCAGCAGAAAAAUUGUUCAACCUACUCAAAUACUCUCUGUUUACAGAGAUACCCUUUCUCAAACCCCUAUACUCUUGCAAAAUCAGACCCCCAUUGCACCAAAAUCUGAUCUUGAUAAUAGUUUGGUUAACCCCAUUUCACCAAAGACUUCUACAGAGAUACCCAUUUUGCCAAAAUCUGAUUUUGAUGGUAGUUUGGUUGAAUCAGAGACCAUUUCUAGUUCUAGUGAGACAUCGAGAUUUAAAGGACUAGAGGCUAAUACAGAGAUACCCAUUUUGCCAAAAUCUGAUUUUGAUGGUAGUUUGGUUGAAUCAGAGGCUAUCUCUAAUUCUAGUGAGACAUCAAGAUUUCAAGGACUAGAGGCUAAUACAGAGAUACCCAUUUUGGCUAAAACUGAUUUUGAUGAUAAUUUGGUUAAACCUAUUUCACCUGAGACUAUUUCUAGUUCUAGUGAGAAGUCAAAAUCUGAUCUUGAUGUAACAUCAGAAACACCCAAAUCUAGUUUAGUUGAGAAAAACUCAAGACCCAUUGGAGAAAGUUGUGAUCUUUUUAAGGGAAGUUGGGUGAAAGAUGAGAAUCAUCCAAUUUAUAAACCAGGGUCUUGCCCUUAUGUGGAUGAGGCUUUUGAUUGUCAGACUAAUGGUAGGCCAGACUCACAAUAUCUUAAAUGGACAUGGAAGCCAUAUGGAUGUCAUCUUCCAAGGUUUAGUCCAUCAGAUUUUUUGAAGAGAUUGAAAGGAAAGAGGCUGAUGCUGGUUGGGGACUCAAUGAACCGGAACCAGUUCGAAUCUCUCCUUUGCCUUCUUCGUGAAGGCCUCACUAAUAAGAGUAAAAUGUACGAGAUCCAUGGGUAUAAGAUAACAAAAGGAAGAGGCUAUUAUGUUUUCAAAUUUGAGGAUUAUAACUGCACAGUUGAAUUCGUGCGCUCACACUUCCUUGUUAGAGAAGGAGUACGUAUCAAUCCUCAAGGAAGCUCAAAUCCAACUCUAUCAAUAGAUCGCAUCGACAAAACAUCUAAUCGUUGGAAGGGAGCUGACAUUCUUAUCUUCAAUACGGGGCAUUGGUGGACUCAUGGAAAGACUGCCAGGGGGAAAAAUUAUUAUAAAGAAGGUGAGCAAAUAUACCCUAAAUUUGAUGCCGUUGAAGCUUAUAGGAGAGCAUUGAAGACCUGGGCUAAGUGGAUUGACGAAAACAUGAACCGUGAAAAGUUGAUUAUAUAUCGUGGCUACUCUUCAGCUCACUAUAGAGGCGGAGAUUGGGAUUCAGGUGGAAGUUGUAAUAAAGAGAGUGAACCUGUUUCGAAAGGAGCAAUCCUUGGAAACUAUCCUUUGAAAAUGAAGAUUGUGGAGGAGGUGAUUAAGGAAAUGCAGUUUCCAGUAGUCCUUUUAAACGUAACACAGUCAACAAAUUUCCGCAAGGAUGGCCACCCGUCUGUGUAUGGUAAGGUUGGUAAAAAGGGUAAGCAAGAUUGUAGCCAUUGGUGUCUACCGGGAGUCCCCGAUGCAUGGAAUGAGCUAAUCUAUGCCACUUUAGUGUUGCAACAAUGAGCUGAGGCUGUUGUGCAGCAAAUGUAAGAGUGUCUUGUAACAUUGUAAAAUGAGUUGAAUAUAGUUAAAUCAUUUUUGAAUGAAGUUGCAUCAUUUCAGUUUUUUUGUACUAAAAUUAGACAGUAUAUUCUUAUUUCUAGGAUCAACUCACUUCAAGUUUUGUAAUACCAAACUUAUGCUGCUUCACCAAUUAGCAAUGUUAUUUUAUUUUUUCUAGAGAAGUAUUCAAAACAUCUCUAAAUUUGUCGUGAAUUAUUAGUUU